UUCUAGGUUUACUUUACGUUAACUUACGGACAUGUAAAUGAUCCCGUUUAGGGCUUGGCCUAUCUUUUUUUUUCAACACUUGAAAGAGAUUGAAAAAUGAUCCAACUUGUGUCAAGAGGUCUCCUAAAUCCUUGGGGUCCAGCAUGGAGAUGCAUUCAAGAAGUUAUGAGAACAUCGAACUGCUUAAUAGGAAGUCAGAAACAUUUUUACACUCAGGUCUCCUCGAUGUCCCUGAUCUCCAGGCCGGCCUCUACCAAUAAGCUGCUGAACGUCAGCUUCAUAAGUCGCCCCUCUUUGUUUCUGUACCAUGCAGGCCAGCCCAGGUUCCCCAAGGAAGAGGACCGAAGUCACACCAAGGAGGGUUUUAGUAUGAGGGCUCUUAUCCAGGCUCCCAAACCAGCUCUAUACCUCGGCUUCUCGGGUCUCAUCCCGUUUCUGUCUGCUCCACUCCUCAUGGUUGUGACACAGUCCUUUUGCCCUGAGGUGGCUUACAUGCAGGUCGUCUAUGGUGCCUCUAUUGUCUCCUUUCUUGGAGGGGCCCGCUGGGGGUUUGCCAUCCCUGAAGGUAGCCCUGCCAGGCCUGACUGGAUGAAUCUAGGCAACAGUUUGGUUCCCUCUCUUCUUGCCUGGUUGGCAUUGCUUUGUAGAGACAAUGUUGCAGAAGGAGCUCUGGUAGUUAUCAUGGGACUGGGUUUGUCUCUGCAUUACGACCUGACCCUGCUUCCCAGCUACCCUGCGUGGUUCAAAGCCAUGCGAACUAUUCUAACUCUGGUCGCUACCUUCUCGCUGGUGACUACACUGACACUUAAGAAGUUCUGCCCUGAAAAAAAAUUAAAGGAGCUUCAAAAUUCGAAUUUAUGAGGGGGAUAAGUUGAUGCUAUUUUUGUGAAAGUCAACAGGCGUACCGAUAAUUUAAAAAGUGAAGAUCUGGAGUUGGCCAAGAUUGUUCUUGACAGAUAUUUGGCAGCUGAGAUAUUGCUUAUUAAAAAUAGCAGUACCUUUGAGGGUAUGUGAUGUGAGUCAUACCUUGUCAUAUAGCACAUAGUUUGUCAGCUUUGAACAGAAACAAGUUUUGUGCUCAUAAAUUGUAUAAAUGAUUAAAGUCAGUCAGAAUUUAUUGGAGUGCAGCAGUAUCACUCCAUCCAUCCAUUAUCCAAACCGCUUAUCCUGCUCUCAGGGACUCGCUAAGGAAUAUUUGUGGCAGGACUGACAUUGGUUGACUUGGCAGUCACCAUGAUUCAAAACCAAAUAGACACUUGGUAUUAAAAUGUAAAAAAGAACGUGAAUGGCAAAUAAUUGGGUGAAUGUAGAUUUAAAAUCAAAAUGAAGAAUUAGGUUUUUAAAGAGCCAGCACAGUCAUGCAAUCAUCUUGGGUACUCCUUGACAACAGGCGACUGUUCAAUAUAGGAAGCAGCAUGGAUGAUCAAUAUGUUUAUGUGGCAUGAAUGAAUCUGUAUAGAUAGAUACAUGAUUAGGCGGGUAAUAUUUGUUUGCUGUAGUUUCCUUUUAAUGUCCAGUUUAAGACAAAAACCUGGUUCCAUGCAGACAUAAAAGGGCUACGAUAUUUAUGUGAAAGGCUCUUAAAUAUCUUUUCCGGUCUUUUUAGUGUUUUACGCACUAUCAUUAAAAUGUUUGAAGAAUAAAAUUUUACACAAAGACAAAUGUAUGAGGAAAUAUUCUAAUACAUAAGGCUAAAUGAUUAAAGUCCCAGGGCUAUUGACCAUUACAUGUUUUUUGAUAA